CCGGGUUCUACCGCAGGUUCGGGCCGGGAGCGGGCGGAACGUCUCUGUCACACCAUCAAUUAACCCGCGCGGCAGGGACCCUUUAGGCCUCGGCGCACCGCUCUUGACCGGCGCUGCAGUUUCCUGGGGGGCAGCGAGAGCGGGCGUGGGGAUUCUCCUGGUUUCUACCGUCGGCGUGAGCAGCGCAGCAUGGACGUGCUUGCUGAAGAGUUUGGGAACCUGACCCCGGAGCAGCUGGCUGCGCCCAUCCCCACUGUAGAGGAAAAAUGGAGGCUGCUUCCAGCAUUUUUAAAGGUGAAGGGCCUUGUGAAACAGCAUAUAGACUCAUUCAACUAUUUCAUUAACGUGGAGAUAAAGAAGAUAAUGAAAGCCAACGAAAAGGUCACGAGCGAUGCUGACCCCAUGUGGUACCUGAAGUAUCUUAAUAUCUAUGUGGGGCUUCCUGAUGUUGAAGAAAGCUUCAAUGUGACCAGACCAGUAUCCCCUCAUGAGUGCCGUUUGCGGGACAUGACGUACUCUGCGCCCAUCACCGUGGACAUCGAGUACACCCGCGGCAGCCAGAGGAUCAUCCGGAAUGCCUUACCCAUCGGCAGAAUGCCCAUAAUGCUGCGUAGUUCAAACUGCGUUCUCACGGGGAAGACGCCAGCAGAAUUCGCCAAACUGAACGAAUGCCCUUUAGAUCCAGGUGGCUACUUCAUUGUCAAGGGGGUAGAGAAAGUUAUUCUUAUCCAAGAGCAGCUGUCUAAGAACAGGAUCAUCGUGGAGGCCGACAGGAAAGGGGCGGUUGGUGCUUCAGUUACCAGCUCCACCCAUGAGAAAAAAAGCAGAACCAAUAUGGCUGUGAAACAGGGACGAUUUUAUUUGAGGCAUAAUACGUUGUCAGAAGAUAUUCCCAUUGUCAUCAUAUUUAAGGCCAUGGGUGUUGAGAGUGACCAGGAAAUUGUACAGAUGAUUGGAACAGAGGAGCACGUGAUGGCUGCUUUUGGGCCCAGCUUGGAAGAGUGCCAGAAAGCUCAGAUUUUCACACAGAUGCAGGCAUUAAAAUAUAUAGGGAACAAAGUAAGGAGGCAAAGGAUGUGGGGAGGUGGACCAAAGAAGACGAAGAUAGAAGAGGCAAGAGAGCUCCUGGCUUCUACCAUCCUGACGCAUGUGCCGGUUAAAGAAUUCAAUUUCCGAGCGAAGUGUAUCUACACUGCCGUGAUGGUACGAAGAGUGAUUCUGGCCCAGGGAGAUAACAAAGUGGACGACCGGGACUAUUACGGUAACAAGCGACUGGAGUUGGCAGGACAGCUUUUGUCACUUCUUUUUGAAGAUUUAUUCAAAAAAUUUAAUUCUGAAAUGAAGAAGAUUGCAGACCAGGUGAUUCCUAAGCAAAGAGCAGCUCAGUUUGAUGUCGUGAAGCACAUGCGUCAGGACCAGAUCACCAAUGGCAUGGUGAACGCCAUUUCUACGGGAAAUUGGUCUCUAAAGAGAUUUAAAAUGGACCGUCAGGGUGUGACUCAAGUGCUGUCUCGCUUGUCGUAUAUAUCCGCACUGGGCAUGAUGACAAGAAUCUCCUCUCAGUUUGAAAAAACAAGAAAAGUGAGCGGUCCUCGUUCCCUCCAGCCAUCUCAGUGGGGAAUGCUCUGUCCUUCGGACACUCCUGAGGGAGAGGCGUGUGGUCUGGUGAAGAACUUGGCCCUCAUGACACACAUCACCACAGACAUGGAAGACGGGCCCAUUGUUAAGCUGGCCGGGAACCUGGGCGUCGAAGAUGUGAAUCUGUUAUGUGGGGAAGAGCUCUCUUACCCAAACGUGUUUCUCGUCUUCCUCAAUGGUAACAUCCUGGGCGUCAUUCGAGACCACAGGAAGCUGGUGAACACGUUCCGCCUGAUGAGAAGAGCGGGCUACAUCAAUGAGUUUGUGUCCAUCUCAACAAACCUCACAGACCGGUGCGUCUACAUCUCCUCUGACGGAGGAAGGCUGUGCAGACCCUACAUAAUUGUUAAGAAACAGAAGCCUGCCGUCACAAAUAAGCAUAUGGAAGAGCUGGCUCAGGGGUACAGGAAUUUUGAAGAUUUCUUGCAUGAAAGUCUAGUUGAAUAUUUAGAUGUCAAUGAAGAAAAUGACUGUAACAUCGCACUCUAUGAACAUACAAUUAAUAAAGAUACCACCCACUUGGAGAUUGAGCCCUUCACUCUGCUUGGUGUCUGUGCUGGCCUCAUCCCGUACCCUCAUCAUAACCAGUCCCCAAGAAACACGUAUCAGUGUGCCAUGGGGAAACAAGCAAUGGGUACCAUUGGAUACAACCAGCGGAACAGAAUCGAUACUCUCAUGUAUCUGCUAGCAUACCCACAAAAACCCAUGGUUAAAACAAAGACCAUUGAGUUGAUAGAAUUUGAGAAACUUCCAGCCGGACAGAAUGCAACAGUUGCCGUGAUGAGUUACAGCGGCUAUGAUAUUGAAGACGCCCUGGUUUUAAACAAGGCCUCCUUGGACAGAGGCUUUGGGCGUUGCCUUGUAUAUAAAAAUGCUAAAUGUACGUUGAAACGCUAUACCAAUCAGACCUUUGAUAAAGUGAUGGGGCCGAUGUUGGACGCUGCCACAAGGAAACCCAUCUGGCGACACGAAAUUUUAGAUGCAGAUGGUAUUUGUUCUCCAGGUGAGAAGGUAGAAAACAAGCAAGUGCUGGUCAAUAAGUCCAUGCCCACAGUAACUCAGAUUCCUCUGGAAGGAAGUAAUGUGCCCCAGCAGCCUCAGUACAAGGAUGUGCCCAUCACCUACAAAGGGGCAACGGAUUCAUAUAUUGAAAAAGUGAUGAUCUCUUCAAAUGCCGAAGAUGCUUUUCUGAUCAAAAUGCUGCUGAGACAGACCAGGCGUCCAGAGAUUGGAGACAAAUUCAGCAGCCGUCACGGGCAAAAAGGUGUUUGUGGUUUGAUCGUCCCUCAGGAAGACAUGCCAUUUUGUGACUCUGGCAUCUGUCCGGACAUCAUAAUGAACCCGCACGGCUUCCCGUCGCGAAUGACGGUGGGGAAGCUGAUUGAGCUGCUGGCGGGCAAGGCCGGCGUGUUGGACGGCAGGUUCCACUACGGCACUGCGUUUGGAGGCAGCAAGGUGAAAGACGUGUGUGAAGACCUCGUUCGCCAUGGCUAUAACUACUUGGGGAAAGACUAUGUUACAUCUGGUAUCACAGGCGAGCCCUUGGAAGCCUACAUCUAUUUUGGCCCCGUGUAUUAUCAGAAACUGAAGCACAUGGUGCUGGAUAAGAUGCACGCCCGGGCCCGGGGACCACGAGCUGUUCUUACUAGGCAGCCCACGGAGGGUCGAUCUCGUGAUGGCGGUUUGCGUCUUGGAGAAAUGGAACGUGACUGCUUAAUCGGUUACGGAGCCAGCAUGCUUUUACUGGAGAGACUAAUGAUUUCAAGUGAUGCCUUUGAGGUUGAUGUCUGUGGGCAGUGUGGACUUCUGGGGUAUUCUGGCUGGUGCCAUUACUGCAAGUCUUCCUGCCAUGUGUCCUCCCUCCGCAUCCCGUACGCCUGCAAGCUGCUCUUCCAGGAGCUGCAGUCCAUGAACAUCAUCCCCCGCUUAAAACUGUCCAAAUACAAUGAGUAAAGACGGAAAAGGUCAGCAUUUAUAGAGAACCACUGAGAGGUCAACACGGUGGAAAACGGGGGAUUGAGGACCCCGUCUGCUUCUGUGACUGAUUCCCUCGAUGGCUCCCCUCAAGAAAGAAAGAUGGAGAGGCUUUCUUGCCCUGCGGACGGACGGCGCAGCCUUGAGCCGUGAGCCUCGGGCUCUGGGAGACAUGCCACCCACACGGACCAGGAGGCAGUCUCCUGUUUCUGGGCUGAAUGUGCUUCACAAAUGGACAUGACUUAAAAGAGAAGCAAACUUUUACUUCUGUUCUGGUAUCUUGAAAUCUACUCAUGAGAAAGAUCUUCCUCCUUUAAAAGACAUCUGGUGUUCAGUUCCCCCAUGGUGCCUUCCCCGCUAACAAAACACCAAGACUCUUCGGACGCCUGAAGGGUAUGAAGAGUCUCUUUGAAUGGUUGGUGUGGCCUGUGGCCCUUGUGGAGGUGGCUGACGGGAGCAGGGCGUGAAGGGAGAGAGCCGUGGGAAGCCGAGAGCAGCGGAUGAAGGGAUGCCUUUCCUACCCGGUACUGUGAGAUACAAUAAAUCCCUCCCAUCCUAAGCAGGUUUACCAAGGAUGUCCUCGUUUCUUACGGACUUGAUUGCUUCUCUUUGGAACCUCCACAGGCAGGCCAUGCAGUAAGACUUGUUGAACAUCUGAAAAUAAUUCCAUGGUGCUUUGUGAUUUUUUUGUUUGUUUGUUUUGGUCCCUUCCAUUCCUGCCAGGAUGUUAGCUAUGCAUUUUCUUUUUAAUCUGAUGACCUUCUUCACUUUUAA